UGAUGGAAUAAAAAGAUUGGGAUUUGGAUUGUUAAAUAAGGUUGCAAUGCUUUUCCCAUAUGUGUUCUGGGGCACUGAUCUCGAUACCUUUGGGCAUCUUACUGAUAAUUCUAGUAGCAGGGGUGAAUUCUUUCUGUUCUAUAGCUAUGCAACUGUUGCUGGUGGUCCCUUAUUGUUAGCUCUAGUUGCUGGAGAAGCUGCACACAAGUUUGAGACCAUGCCUCCGACCAACGCAGUGACAAAAGUUCUUCAAAUUCUAAAAGGUAUAUAUGAACCGCAAGGUAUUGAAGUGCCGGAGCCGAUCCAAACUGUCUGUACAAGAUGGGGAAGUGAUCCUUUCAGCUUGGGUUCUUACUCUAAUGUUGCAGUAGGGGCAUCAGGAGAUGACUAUGAUAUUUUAGCAGAAAGUGUGGGCGAUGGCAGACUUUUCUUUGCUGGCGAGGCCACUAAUAGGCGCUAUCCAGCCACUAUGCACGGAGCUUUUCUUAGUGGGCUUAGAGAAGCUGCGAAUAUGGCCCACCAUGCUAAGCUUAGAACCAUGAGUUUGAAGGUUGAGAAAAAGCCAUCAAGGAAUGCUUAUUCUUAUGCUUCUGUUCUGGCGGAUUUAUUUAGGGAGCCAGACUUGGAAUUUGGUAGCUUUUCUAUAAUUUUCGCUAGAAAGAGUUCUGAUCUCGAGUCACCGGCAAUUUUGAGGGUGACUUUCAGUGGAACCCAAACGAGGAGUCAUGAUGGGAUAAGGCCUAAUCGACAUCUUUCUAACAAGUUACUCUUUCAGCAGCUUCAGUCCCACUUCAAUAACCAGCAUGAGCUUCACGUUUAUGCCUUGUUAUCCAAGCAACAAGCCCUUGAGCUUAGAGAGGUCAGAGGUGGUGAUCAGAUGAGGCUGAAUUUCCUUUCUGAGAAGCUUGGGGUGAAACUGGUUGGUAGAAAAGGUUUGGGUCCAUUGGUUGAUUCUAUAAUUGCCUCAAUUAAGGCUGAGAGAGGCAGGCGUAAACCUGGGUCCAGGUGUCUUACACUUAAAUCUGGUGUCAUGAAGUCAAAAGCCACCACUCUCAGGCAGAAAAUAGUUCGAAAGGCUAAAAUAGUAGGGGUAGGCAAUAGAACCACUUCUUCCACUGCAGAGAGCAGCAGGAUUAAAGCAGUUGGCAACAGCUCUACCUCGAUCCCUCCAACAAAUGUUACUUUGGAAUCUAAACCAGUUUGCACUAUUGAAUCUAUAGCUUCUCCAAGUUUGAAUAUUGGUGUAAAUGACAACACGGGGUCAAAUUCAGUGGGUAGUAGUUACCUAUAUCUGCUUCCGAAUGCAGGCAUUGGUGAUAAGUUAGAGAGUAAUAUUGGUAAUUCUACCCCUCCCUUUUUGGAUGCUGGAGAAAAGACAGCAAGCAAUAUUAAUGGCUCUAUUUAUGCCCAGAGUACAUAUGAUGAUAGCACGAAUACAUGUGCUCCGCCUCCCGGUGGAAAUUCAGCUAGUUAGUACACAACAUGUUGUAGUAGCAGACAACUAUUGAAGCUAUUGAGAGAACAUCAAAUGCUGAUAGUGGUAAAGGCAACUGAUGUUGGUGGACGUGGAGUCGAUGACUUUUGAAGUACUAGAAGAGUUUAUCCGCAAGAAAUGUAACUCUCAUCUGGAAGAGUCAUCACAUAAGAGUCUUAAUGGAGUUUAUUAGUUUGAAAAUGAAAAAGAAAACUUUAUAGAAUGCAUUGAGAAAAAGAGUUGCAAAACUCGACCAAGUUAGAUAAAAGAAAUCUAAGUAAACACUUUCUUUA